AUGGCUACACUCGUAAACGAAAUUCAUUGCAAUGCUCGUUAUAUGGAAGCUUGGAUGAGGGCUACAAUCGCAAUCGAUCAAAAUGGAACAAUUUCUGUCAAAAUAUCGGCGGAACUGGUAUGUUCUUUCGAAUUUUUCUUUUGAUCUUGAAAAAUUCAUUUUCCCUAGACUCUCAUCUACGAAAACUACACCAUUCUUGGGCAUAGAAGUCUUAUUCCAAUGAAUAUGCUCUAUGCAAGUAAGUUUGACAAAAAUUUCCGGAUUUUCUUUUUUUAAGAAAUGUAUUUUUUCAGCACACACAGAAAAUCGAAAUCUUCAAAUUAUCUUAAGAGAAACUCAAAAGCCAACUAUAACUAUCCGUUUUGACAACGAGGAGGAUAGAAGGUAAGAUAUGUGAACUAGAUUUUGAGAAUUUAUAAAAUAAAUCUUUAUAUUUUCAGACAAAUUACUCGCAACACUUUGUUCGAAUUGGGAAUCUGA